GUCUCGCGUGCACCGCUCUCGCGUGGCCUUCAAGAUGGCGGCCUUCUGUGAGGAGUUCGCGCUGUGCCCUUUGGCAGGAGCCGGGGUUCCCUCUCAGGGGCCGCUGGGCCUGGAGCAAGAUGCGGACCGGGUGCUGCUUACGGACCGAGGCCGGACGGUGACGCUGUAUAAGGUUUCAGAUCAAAAACCAUUGGGUUGCUGGUCAGUCAAACAAGGUCAAACAAUUACAUGUCCUGCUGUGUGCAAUGCUGAAACAGGAGAGUUCAUUAUUGUCCAUGAUGAUAAGGUUUUACAAAUUUGGAAGGAAGAUGACAGUAACUUGGAUAAAGCUUUUAAAGCAACGUUGUCAGCAGAUGUGUAUCGGAUACAUUCUCUGCCUAAUACCGAACCCCUGGUCCUGUUCAAAGGUGGUGCUGUCAAGAGUUUAGAUGCUUUACUCACAGCCCCUCAGCAAGAAAUUGAAAGCGUCGUUUCAGAUGAAGUUAUUAGAUGGAGUGAUGCUUUCUUGGAUGUUGGACAUCCUGUUCUUAUAUUUAUUACUGAGCAGGAUGGGAAUUGCUUCAUAUAUGUUCAGCAGUGUCAUCCAUGCAUCCUUCAGAAGUUUAAACUGGAACAAGGUGGCGAGUCAGCCACUCCGCUGAGUUUUGCAGCGUACUUGAAAAACAAAGUUGUCACGUUGCUUUGCUUGUAUUCCAACGGAUGUGUGUAUAAGGUUCUGGUGCCCCUGCAACAGAGUGGGUCUGAAGAAGAGCAAUUUUUACAAAAGUCUCUUCUGAUCAGACUUCUUGUAUCUAGCAGUAUUUUAAAAGGCACUUCAAUUGCUAUUCUUGAUAAAGAUCAUAUUGCCACGACAGGAUGUUUGGAUUCCCCAGAUGGCCGUGUUAAAGAUUGCUUUUCCAUAUGGAAUAUAAAAUUUCAAACAUUACAGACUUUGAAGGAAUUGCCACGGGGAACCACUGGACAAUGUUGGUGUUACGGAGACAAACUCUUCAUAACACAUGGUAACGAAUUAACAGUAAUAUUGUAUAAGUGUGAAACAUCUUCCUUGGCUGCUGCUGUUGGGAAAGUUAAGGAUACACAAACAUCAGAAAUGAAGAUUAUGCCUGCAAAUUGGAACAUGCUUCAAGAAGAUGAUCUGAUAGGUGCACAGCCAGAUCAGCCUGCUAAGGGUGAAUCUAAUAGGCUGUUGAGGUCAAGAAAGAGCAUGGGUGCAAAAACUCAACAGGAGACUCUGACAACAGAACAGCUGCUUUUAAUUAUCAAGGAUUCUUCUCAGAAUGUAAUUGAAGAAAAGCUGAAAACAUUUUUAUCCAGUACUCAGAUACCAGACUUCCAAGCAUCAGUUGGAUGCAUACUAUCUGCUCUUGUGAACAAGUGUAAAAGAGAGUCCUCAUUUUACCCUCACAAUUGCUUGGUGCAAAUUAUCCAGACACAAGGCCUCUCUUACAGUAUGUGCCCAGAUCUAAUGGCAGUUGCCUUGGAGAAAACAGAUGUACACUUGUUACAACUAUGUCUCCAGCAGUUUCCUGACAUCCCUGAAGCAAUUACCUGUGCUUGCCUAAGGACUUUCCUAAGCAUUGGUGAUGACCGCCUUGAAGAAAUGAAUGUGAAUUUAGAUUCUGUAGCAGGUUGUGUUGAUAUUGUGCACAACAACAGAAAGUCUGACGUUAUACAGAACGGCUUCAAUUCUGAGCUCCCGGAAGAAGACAUCUGCGAAACACCAUUAAAUCAGAAAUCUCACAUAACAUACACAAGAGAAAUAUGCCCUGUUGGACCACAGAAGGCAACGUUGCUAAACACCAUUCUUCGUUCAGCAUACAGUGAGACAUUUCUUUUGCCUCAUCUGAAAGAUCUCACAGCUGAGCAAGUCAUUUUAUUUCUCCGGUAUCUGCAGUAUCUGUACAUGAAGUGCAAUGAAGAGGCUGCUACAGACAUUCCUAGAAUAUUUUGUCUGUCUAUAAACCAGAUCAUGGACUGGAUAUGCCUCCUCCUAGAUGCUCACUUUACAGUUAUUGUGAUGCUGCCAGAAGCAAGAGAAUUACUUUCUAAGCUGCACAAGUUUGUUAGAGCCCAAGUACGUUUUUACUCAGAACUCAACAAGAUUGAAGGAAGCCUGAAGCAGUUGCAAAGGAUACAGCACCCAGAUGAUGUGGGCUUAUAUUCCAUUGAAGUUCUGAAACUUGUAUGAAUAAGGCACACGUUUCUCAUAAAAUUAUUGUUACGAAUCUA